AUGCAGUUAUUACCACGCGACGACGAUGACGAGAUUAUCAACUACGUUUCUCCGGAGAAGCAAGUCAAUGCUGGGCUGUGGACUCUCUUCGCCGGUGCGACGGUACUGCUCUUCCUUCGCCUCUGGGUGAAGCUCACGCGCCGGCACGGGCUGUGGUAUGAUGACUACAUUCUAACAGCAUCCUGGAUCAUACUCCUACUCAAUAACGCUCUCAUCUCCCACGAAUACGCCACCGGCUACGUAACACAGAAUGGCGCAAAAUGGGAUGACAGAAUGCACAUUCUCAUUAACAUCUCGUCUUGCGGGACUCUGAUUGGUCAAGCCUUGACCAAAACCGCCUUCGGAGUCACAUUACUCCGCAUAACAAAUCGCUGGCAGCAAGGCGUCCUCUGGUUCUGCAUCGUCACCAUGAAUCUCUACAUGAUUGCUAAGUGCAUCCUCCAGUGGGCGAAGCUGUGCGACGAAAAGAGUUAUGAUGUUUGGUACCGGCUGGACUUCUGUGUGGCGGAGAAGUUCCGAGACGAUUUCAAGGAGGGCGGCCAGGUUUACAACGUCAUCAUGGAUUUUGCAUUCGCAGCGUUUCCGUGGAUGGUGACGUGGAAGCUGGAUAUGCGCAGGAAUGAGAAGAUCGCGCUGUGUAUCACUAUGAGCCUAGGCGUCAUCAUUGCCAUAAGCACUGCUGUCAGGACAGCGUGGAAGGACGACGGCAACAAACGCGACCCUUACUACUACUGGCGAAACGGCAUGUCGAACGUAUGGUACUCGUCCGAAGUAGCAGGCACCAUCAUGGUGCAAUGCAUCCCCGUUUUACGCCCAUUCCUCCGCGAGGUGCACGCCUCGCUUACCUCGAAAAGGCUGACAUCCACCGGAGAUGGGCGACGCAGUGUGACCUGGUUGAGCAAGCCAACAAGCAGCAAGCACAGGAUCAGCGAGCUCAACUUCGGCACUAAUGACGGCUUCAACUUUGGUUUCAAUGAGACGAAAUGCACUGGAGCUAUCGAGUUGAAGAGCAUCCACGAGGAGUCAAGGGACGAUAAGAGUGUAAAAGGGUGGCAUUAG